AUGAACUAUGUAGAUCCGGUUGCUGUCACUCAAAAAGUUAUUUCUGGUGUUUAUCCAGGGGUCACUACCGUCGAAUUAGAUAAUUUGGCUGCGGAGACAGCAGCCUAUAUGACCACAACUCAUCCUGAUUAUGCUAUCUUAGCGGCUCGUAUUGCCAUUUCCAAUCUUCAUAAGGAAACUAAAAAAGUCUUCUCUCAAGUUGUUGAAGACCUAUACACAUAUGUCAACCCAAAAACAAACAAGCACUCUCCAAUGGUAGCGGAGGAUUUUUACAAGACUGUUCUGGCCAAUGCCGAUCGGUUGAACUCUGCCAUCAUUUAUGAUCGUGAUUUCAACUAUAACUUCUUUGGUUUUAAGACUUUAGAGCGCUCCUACUUGCUUAAGAUCAAUGGUAAAGUUGCGGAGCGACCUCAGCAUUUGAUUAUGCGAGUGGCUGUUGGUAUACACAAGGAAGAUAUCGAUGCUGCAAUCGAAACCUACAAUUUAAUGUCUGAGCGUUAUUUUACACAUGCCAGCCCGACUCUCUUUAAUGCCGGCACUCCCCGUCCUCAAUUGUCCUCUUGCUUCUUACUGACUAUGAAAGAAGAUUCAAUUGAAGGCAUUUAUGAGACAUUGAAAAUUUGCGCUCAAAUCUCCAAGACUGCCGGUGGUAUUGGUCUGAACAUCCAUAAUAUUCGCGCAAGUGGUUCUUAUAUUGCUGGUACCAACGGAUACUCCAACGGCUUAUUGCCAAUGUUGCGUGUUUUCAAUAAUACGGCUCGCUAUGUAGACCAAGGAGGCAAUAAGCGUCCCGGUGCCUUUGCUAUGUACCUUGAACCAUGGCAUGCUGAUGUUUUCACCUUUUUGGACUUGCGUAAAAACGUUGGUAAAGAUGAGAUCAGAGCCCGCGAUCUUUUUUAUGCUCUCUGGAUACCCGAUUUAUUUAUGGAACGUGUACGUGAUAAUGGUGAAUGGUCUUUAUUCUGCCCUAAUGAAGCUCCUGGUCUCUGUGAGGUUUGGGGCGAAGAGUUCAACGCACUGUAUGAAAAAUAUGAACGUGAAGGUAGAGCAAGAGAAACGAUCAAAGCACAAAAACUUUGGUACGCUAUUUUAGAAGCCCAAACCGAAACUGGAAACCCUUUUAUGCUUUAUAAGGAUGCAUGUAAUAGAAAGAGCAAUCAACAAAAUCUCGGCACCAUCAAAUGUAGCAAUCUUUGUACAGAAAUUGUCGAGUAUUCGAGUCCUGAUGAAGUUGCUGUAUGUAAUUUAGCUUCUAUUGCGCUUCCUACUUUUGUUAAUAACCGCGAAACAUACGAUUUUCAACGACUUCACGACGUAACCAAAGUUAUCACUAGAAACCUGAACAAAAUCAUUGAUAUCAAUUAUUAUCCGGUUAUUGAAGCUGAACGCUCAAAUAAGAGACAUCGUCCCAUUGGUCUCGGUGUACAAGGCUUAGCAGAUACUUUUAUGUUGAUGAAGUACGCCUUUGACUCACCUGAAGCUAAACAAUUGAAUACGCAAAUAUUUGAAACCAUCUAUCAUGCUGCACUAGAGGCCUCUAAUGAACUGGCUAAGGAACUAGGACAUUACGAAACUUAUCCUGGCAGUCCUGCAUCAAAAGGAAUCUUACAAUAUGACAUGUGGAAUGUUACUCCCUCUUCACUCUGGGAUUGGACAGCUCUGAAGGAGAAAAUUGCUCAGUAUGGUCUUCGCAACUCUCUUUUGCUUGCCCCAAUGCCUACUGCCUCCACAUCUCAAAUCCUAGGUUUCAACGAAUGUUUUGAGCCCUAUACAUCUAAUUUAUAUACCCGUCGCGUACUUGCUGGUGAGUUCCAAAUUGUUAACCCUUGGCUACUGAAAGAUUUGGUUGAAAUGGGUUUAUGGAAUGAAAAUGUGAAGAAUAUGAUUAUGCAAGAUAAUGGCUCCAUCCAAAGGAUUCCUGAUAUUCCACAAAACCUCAGGAGUAUUUACAAGACUGUCUGGGAAAUAAGUCAGCGUACAUUAAUUGAUAUGGCAGCAGAUCGUGGUGCUUUCAUAGACCAGAGUCAAAGUUUGAACAUUUUUAUUGCCGAACCCAAUUUUGGCAAGCUGACAAGUAUGCAUUUCUACGGUUGGCAAAAGGGUCUCAAAACUGGUAUGUAUUAUCUGCGUACAAGACCUGCUGUGGAUGCUAUUAAGUUCACUGUUGAUCAACUUUCUUUACGUGAAUACCGUAAAAAGAAGACUACAGAGGAAAAUGAAGCCGAUAUGGUUUGCUCCAUUGAUAACAAGGAUGCUUGUGUCAGUUGCAGUGGCUAA